AUGUCGGGAAAAUUAUCGGACAGGGAAUCGCCCCGAGGGGUGUCUCCGGACGACAAGAAUCACGUCGCCCGGACUGACAUCGACGUCGAGGCUGCCGCUCCGCGAGGGUUCGCCCAAUGGUUUGGAGGGCCGAAAACCACAGUUGGCCCUCGCAUUGGGCCAGUUAUCGACAGCAUCACCCUCGCCGCCGAAGAUUCCGAUGACAGCGCCAGCGCCAUUCUGCAUAGGCAGAAGGAGGCUGAGCAGGGUGCUGAUAUCCAGUAUCGAAGCUGUAGUUGGCAGAUGACUGCCGCCCUGCUCUUCUCCGAGUACAUAUGUUUGGCCAUUAUGAGUUUUCCAUGGUCAUAUAGCAUAUUAGGACUUUUCCCAGGCCUGCUUCUAACCGUGGUCGUAGCCAUGCUUGUGCUCUAUACUUCCCUGAUCCUAUGGGAAUUUUGUCUUCGUCACCCCGAGGUUCGUGAUGUUUGCGACAUUGGUCAGAUGAUUUUCUGGAAUCAGAAAUGGGCAUGGUGGUUUACUGCCGUCAUGUUUCUCCUGAACAAUACUUUCAUUCAAGGUCUUCACGUCCUUGUUGGCGCGAAAUACCUUAACACCAUGACCGCCGCCGACGACAACAUCGCCUGCCGAACAGUCAGCUUCUCGGUGAUCAUGCUCGUCAUCUGCUGGAUUUGUUCUUUGCCCCGAACCUUCGAGGCGCUCUCGAAGCUGGGCGCCGCUUCCGCAGCCUUCACGUUCAUAUCGGUGUUGCUAGCUACCAUCUUCGCCGGCGUCGAGAGCCACCCAGCCGGAUACGAUCCUCGUCCCACCUACACCACAGCUGCUGGUAAGGAGGCCGUUGGAGGUGACCCUAACUGGACGGCCUUACCGGUCUCGGGGACCACCUUUGUCGCUGGCAUGAGCGCCUUCCUCAACAUCAGCUACACUUUCAUCGGGCAGAUUACCCUACCCAGCUUCAUCGCGGAGAUGAAGGAACCAAGAGAUUUCCCCAAGGCGCUCUGGGCGUGCACCAUUGCCGAAAUCAUCGUUUUCGGCCUCGUCGGGUCCAUCAUUUAUGUUUACACAGGCAACCAGUACAUGACGGCACCUGCUUUUGGCUCUCUUGAAGACGUCUUUAAGAAGGUUUCUUUCUCGUUCAUGAUCCCAACCCUGAUCUUCCUGGGCGUCCUGUAUGCGUCAGUGUCAGCUCGCUUUGUGUUCUUCCGCAUUUUCCAGAACUCGCGCCACAAGAACGAGCACACUAUCAUCGGCUGGGGAACCUGGGCCCUGAUCCUACUGGCCACCUGGAUUGUCGCCUUCAUUAUCUCUCAGGUUAUCCCCUUCUUCUCGGACCUGCUCUCUCUCAUGUCGGCUUUAUUUGACAGCUUCUUCGGUUUCAUCUUCUGGGGAGUCGCCUACUUCCGCAUGCGCAAGGUCGACGGCAGCUUGGCGCUCAUGAAGCAGCGCGGCAUCUGGGGCUAUGCUGAGGCAGGCCUCAACGUACUCAUCAUCCUGACGGGCGUCCUCUUCUUGGGACCCGGCACGUAUGCCAGUGUUGAGAGCAUAUUGCUCGACUUCGACCCGUCGUCAGGUGGCGUCUUUAGCUGCGCCUCCAACGGGCUUUGA